GCUGCGGGGCUAUAAAGGCGCCAGGUUUUCUCAAUGAAGCCGGGACGCAGCGCCGCGCAGUGAGCCCACAGCAGCCCAGAGCCCGGGAUCCGGCAAGCCGAGCCGCUCCCCGCCGCCCCUCCGCCUGGACAUGAAGUGCAUCGUGGGCAUCGGAGGCAUGACCAACGGCGGCAAGACCACCCUGACCAACAGCCUGCUCAAGGUGCUGCCCAACUGCUGUGUGAUCCACCAGGACGACUUCUUCAAGCCCCAAGACCAAAUCGCCGUUGGGGAGGACGGCUUCAAGCAGUGGGAUGUUCUGGAGUCGCUGGACAUGGAGGCCAUGCUGAGCACCGUGCAGGCCUGGAUCAGCAACCCCCGGAAGUUCGCCCGCGCCCACGGGGUCCAGCCGGACGCCUCGGACACCCACGUCCUCAUUCUGGAAGGCUUCCUGCUGUACAGCUACAGGCCGCUGGUGGACUUGUACAGCCGGCGGUACUUCCUGACUGUCCCCUACGAAGAGUGCAAGUGGAGGAGGAGUACCCGGAGUUACAUGGUCCCCGACCCCCCCGGCCUCUUCGAUGGCCACGUGUGGCCCAUGUACCUGAAGUACAAGCAGGAGAUGGAGGCCAACGGCGUGGACGUCGUGUACCUGGACGGCAUGAAGUCCCGGGAGGAGCUCUUCCGCCAGGUCCUGGAGGAGAUUCAGAACUCGCUCCUGAACCCCUCCUAGCGGGCCCGGGAGGAGGGGCCCGAGCCGGGCUGGAGGGACACACGGACAAUCUGGCCAUAGGACGGCCAGGCUGGCGGCAGCCCAGCAGGACGCCGCGCGACCCCUUUCCUCCGUGGACGCCUGUACAUACGAGAGUGGAGGCCCACUCGCCGCUCGGCAUCGCAGGGCCCCGGGGUCCCGCCCUGAGAUGCCUCUGGCCUCACAGCAGCUUCAGCAUUAAACCUGAUCCUAUUUUUU